UCUCCAUCAAUUUCUCUGCUACCCAGACAGCAAGGAUUUGAAGGGGGGGUCCAACCUCCUAUCCCCCUAUUUUUCUCUUCCCCCAUUCCCCCCUUCCUUCCUUCCUUCACUUGAGUUUUUAUUUAGGUUCUCUCCUUCACCUCUUCCCCAUCCCUCCCUCUUCCCCACACAUCUGCUUUUUUCCAUUCCCUCCUUUUCUCCCCCAAUGUGAGAUCCCCUAUUGUUACAACCCCCCCCCCCCCUUUCAUCAACAUCCUUGUCUCCAGUUCACUUCAGCCCCCUUUGAUUUCUCUUUGCUCCCCUCCUCCCCUGUUCCAGGCCUCCCUGAAUUUAUUUAUUUUUUAUUUCUUCUCUCCUCUCCCCUCCCCUCCUUCAAGCAAUGAGAGAAGAUGCCUCAGGAUGAAGUCCAGGUAGCAGCAGCACCAGCAAGUCCGGCUGUCGCACAUCAUCUCAAGGAUGCUGGCCACCCAUUCCUUUGGGUACCAUUGUUCCUGGCCUCUUUUGCUCCAUUCUGUCUUUUCUGACGGCUGACUGAACCCCAUCUAUCCCCCUCUCCCUUUCUCUCCUUUCCCUUUGCUUUGCUGGGUGGUUGAUAUUUCUAACUCCCAGCCAUCCCCACCCCACCUGCCUCUUGAGACCCCCUUCUCCUCCUUCCUGAUCCAUGAUACUGAACUCCCCCUAAGAUGUUAAGACAAGGCCCCUUCCUUCUUCUGGCUGCGUCCAUGUCGUAUUUCAACCCUGAGAAAGCUUUGGCAGCGCCUUCGGAAAAUGAUGGUUUAUCCCAGGGCCGGGCUCCUCUGGCCCCUCCAUAUGCUGUGGUCUUGAUCUCCUGCUCAGGCUUGCUGGCCUUUAUCUUUCUCCUCCUCACCUGCCUGUGCUGCAAGCGGGGUGAUGUGGGGUUUAAGGAAUUUGAGAACCCUGAUGGAGAAGAAUAUUCUGGAGAGUACACACCACCUGCAGAGGAGACAUCUUCUUCUCAGUCUAUCCCAGAUGUCUACAUUCUGCCACUCUCUGAGGUCACUCUCCCAUCCUCCAACCAACAGAUGCCCAAAACUGAUCUGGUGAAGCAUCUGGGACUUAGCAGACAACACCUCAGUUAUUUGCAAGAGAUUGGAAAUGGUUGGUUUGGAAAGGUAAUUCUGGGUGAAAUAUUCUCAGAUUUCACCCCUGCACAGGUUGUGGUGAAGGAAUUACGGGUGAGUGCCGGACCAUUGGAGCAGAGAAAAUUCAUAUCAGAAGCCCAGCCUUAUCGAAGCCUCCAACAUCCAAACAUAUUGCAGUGCCUCGGCCUAUGCACAGAGACUAUCCCCUUCUUGCUUAUCAUGGAAUUCUGCCAGUUGGGAGAUCUGAAACGUUACCUUCGAGCUCAGCGCAAAGCAGAUGGGAUGACCCCCGAUCUGCUAACCCGUGACCUCAGCACACUGCAACGCAUGGCCUAUGAGAUCACACUGGGAGUAUUACACUUGCAUAAAAACAACUACAUCCACAGUGAUCUGGCCCUUCGGAACUGCUUGCUGACUUCUGACCUCACAGUGAGGGUUGGAGACUAUGGCCUAUCACACAACAAUUACAAGGAAGAUUAUUAUAUCACUCUGGACAGACUCUGGAUCCCUUUGCGUUGGGUUGCUCCAGAGUUGUUGGAUGAGAUGCAUGGAAACCUCAUUGUUGUGGAUCAAACCAAGGAGAGCAAUGUUUGGUCUAUGGGAGUGACCAUCUGGGAGCUUUUUGAAUUUGGCUCCCAGCCUUACCGGCAUCUCUCUGAUGAAGAUGUGCUGACUUUUGUCAUCAAGGAGCAGCAGAUGAAACUGGCCAAGCCACGCCUUAAACUUCCUUACUCUGACUAUUGGUAUGAGGUAAUGCAGUCCUGCUGGCUCCCAGCUUCCCAUCGCCCAACUAUGGAAGAGCUGCAUUUGCAGGUGAGCUACCUGUUAAACGAGCGCUCCAAUGCUCAAGCAGAGGAGAGUUUCGAGUGGCGCUGGAGUGCCCUGAAGCCCAAGCGCUCCGCUUCACCACCACCAGCCUCCUCUUCCUCAGCACGCCACCGUCGCCCUUCAGAAGAGAUCUCAGCCUACCCACUACUGGAUGGGUUCCACGGGGGCGACAUGGAUGAUAUUCUGACAGUGACUGAAAGCAGUGGGGGGCUGAACUUUGAGUAUAUGUGGGAGAAGGCCCGUCUGGGACGAUGGAAAGGCCCUGCCUCAGCUCCUCCUGAGUACCCUUCCAGUAAUGGUGGCCUAGCUGUGCCAGGCAGCAAUCCUUUCUAUGAACAGACCUCACAACGUGGACACAGCCUAGAGACGCCUAGUGUUGUGCCUGUUAUCAGUGCUCGCAGCCCUUCGGUCAGCAGUGAGUAUUACAUCCGCUUGGAGGACCAUGGCAGUGGAGAGGGGCCAGUCUGUGCCCCCAGUCCAGGCUCACCACCCCAGCCCCUUUUCCCCUCAGAUUGGGACAGUGCCUCUUAUCACCCGCAGGAGCAGGCCAGCACCAAUCCCUUCCUGCCCAGUGGCAGUGGUGAAAGCAACCCCUUCCGUGCUGACAGCGAGGUCCAAGAGACAUCAUUGACAGAGACUUCCACAACGGGAGGAGAGGCAUUCCUUGCUGAGUCCCUGCUCACAGUGUACCGUGAUCUGGAGGACCAGCAGCGUAGCUGGGAUGCUGAGAUGAUGGAAGAACGAGGAGCAGGGGAGACAUUGGCUGGGGACCCAUCAGAGUUCCAGGGAUCCCCUUCAUGGGAACAAGAACCCUCGCUGAUGGAGGACCAGAGCUCUGGCAGCAGCACAGAUGAUGGUGGGAGCAGCAUUGGGGGUGGGCGGCGCAAUCUCCUGCCAUGCCCACUAUGCACUCGGGUGCGUUGCACAUGUGCCAUUCCUCGGGGGGAUGUGGUGAGUGGCUGGAGCAACCAUGGCCCACCCCUGCGGCGCCCACACCAUGACAGUUAUGGCACUGAGGACGAUUCCUCCUUGAAAGUGGAGCGGGGCUCCCUCUCUGACUGUCCUAUGUUGCCCCCUAGGGACUGUGAUGGGGAAGGAGUGGAGCACAAUGAAUUUUAUGAUCCACUCAUGGGGACAGCUGUGAAGACCUAUGAACUUCAAGACUAUCCAAAGCAGAGAGGGGGAGCAAGCACCCGGAUUGCACCUGGAUCACCCUUCCCAGCCAUGUCUUCUGGAUGCUGCAAUGUGAUCGUUCCCAUAGAGAUACCCCCAUUGUCCACUCUGGCUGAGAGCAAUGAUGAAGAGACUAUUGCAAUCCUCCCAGAAGCUAUUGAUGGAUUUUCCACGGGCCCUACAACCUUAAGCCUCUCCCCAGCAGCCCCAGAUCGGCAAAGGGGAACCCUAGACUCUGUAGAUUCCUUGGACAUUCCUUCCAACACCAGUUCUUCAGAUGUUUGCAGUCCUGCAUCACAUUAUUCCUCUCCUGGGCAAAAAUUUGGGGACAGUGGCUAUGAAACAGAGAACACUUUCUCACCUGAGUUUAUUUUCAAAGAAGAUCCACCACCACCACCACCACCUGGAGAAGAGGAAGAAACAGAGGCAGAUGAAGAUUCAGGCAAACUCCUGACAACACCCAUCUCUCAGUCCACGAGUGAUCUUACCUUGUCUAUGAGUGAAGAAGGAGUGGAACUGGAGGAGGAGAUAGGGAGGAGCUUGGGGCCAGCAACGCCUCACCGUGACUCUGCCUACUUCUCUGAUGGAGAGGCAGAACCCCUUGACACCCUGGCUCCACUUGCCCCUGUUACUGGAAAUGAGGAGGAAAAGUCUACAGAGAAGACAAUUUUGGAUGGAGGCUUUGUGGUCCAGGUGUGCAAGGAACAGCUCUUGGUUACAUUGCAUGAAAAUGUCACACGCAAUCUGCUCUGCAAUCAGAAGAUGCCAGCUUUGGGGCUCCGUCCGGUUGCCCCUUUGAAGGACCAGUCCAUCCUCAAGCUGUGGACUCUAGAACCUGAGGAGGGGCAGGAGGAGACAGAAGAGGAAGAAGAAAUGGAGGAGACAGACAAGAAAAGCCACAGCAAGGAGGCAGUAGAUUCCCAGCAGCCUGAAAUCAUGGAGGAUAAGGGGAAAGAAGAGGUGGUGGUGGAGGAGGAGGUGGUGGAGGAAGAGGAAGAGAUGGAGAAGGACCAAGAAGAGAUUAAUGGAGAGCCUGAGGGGCUGCAGCCACCAUGGAAGGAAGAGGAAAGGAAAGAAAAGGAGACAGAGAUCCAAAGAGAUCCAGCAGGGCCCAGGAUAGCUGAACCUCAGGAUGGCCAGGAAGAUAGUUCUGUAGCUGAGCAGCUUCGAAAGCAGCAGGAGCCCAGGCUACCUGUGAACCAAGCUGGGGAAGAUAUCAAAGCCAAGCUGUCCCGAUUGUCUCUGUCUCUUCCCCCGCUGGCCUUGCAGACUUUCCCUCCACCUGGUGGAGGAAGGAAAGGGCCAUUUUGGGAAGGAGCAGCAUUGGGGGAGGGUCCAGUGCUAUGCGGGCGAGAAGCUGCCAUAGCAGCAGAGGAUGAGGAGGAAGAUGAUGCCGAGGAGGAUGAGGAAGGAGGCUUGGCUGGAAGUGGAGGGAGGGGUGUCCCCAUUGUGGUGAGUGAAAGUGAUGAUGCCCGCAACUUGCGUGGUCUCCUCAAGUCACCACGCUCAGCCGAGGAGGCAGCUGCUGAGCUGGACCGCAAGCGAAAGAUGGUCUCCUUUUUUGAUGAUGUCACUGUCUACCUCUUUGAUCAGGAGACACCAACCAAUGAACUGAGUUCACAGGGAGCGCCAGAUGGUGAUGUCCCUUCUCCUGGCUCAAUGUUAGAACCAGGACUUGAUCCCUUUCCCCCAGCCGAUGGCUUCAGUGGCAGUUUUGAGUGGGAUGAUGAUUUCCCCCUGAUGGCUCAGAAUCCAUCCUAUGUUUCCAUGGUGUCUGACCCCAACACAGUCAAGCCCUCCCACCCAGCCAUGACUUCACCAAUGCCCAUGCCCCCUGCCUUGCUGCCCACAGCUAAGAGGGCUGAGUCUGGUCUUGUCGAUGCCCUGAGGUUCUCUCGCUUCACCGUCUCUCCUGCCCUGGAGCCACACCUUUCUCCUUCUUGUGAUACUGAACUAGGACCUACAGCUGACCCAAUAGAGAACUGAGAUAAAGUAGAAAGUGGACAACCCCGCUGCCUUUUGUCUCAGCAUUCAGGGAUGCUGCCCAGUUAUCCGGUUGACAUACCGGUGCCAAGAUGCCACAUCAAUUUCUGUGGUGAAUGGACAGACACAUGCAUUUGUGUGUGCGUGCAUUUGUGUUCAUGAUAUGGAAGCCAUUGUUGCUAAUACGGACACCGAUUCCCUAUGGACUUUCCCCCUCUUUGUCUUGCCCUUUCCCCCCACAUCUUCACUUGAGAAUAGUGGGGUGGAACUUUUUGUAUGAACUAUUUAGGGCCACCAGCUGAUGAGGGAAACAUCUCCUCAAUUUUACAGGGGGUCCUCACCCAGUACUGGCUUUUGAAUGUAUAACCCCAGUCCUCUCCUGGCUUCUUUCCUUUCUUCGAUACGUCACUCAUAAGGAUCCUCUGUGCCAAACUGAGAGGGUCAGGGUCAGGGAAUGAUAUCUCUAAGAACAUGCCAUCAACUUCUUCUGAGCCCUCUGCAUCUCUCUGAAUCUCAUCAGCUGUAAUCCUGGAAUGUGGAACAUGGCUGCCAAUUUAAAUCUCUUUUGUGCCAAAUGGAACUGAAUGGGGCUGGUGACUCUCCCCAAUUAACCAGCAUUAGUUGUAUAUGUAUGCAAGACCAUUGAUUUGAACGUUGGGACAGAAUUGCACUGGCAAGACAGAACAACCAAAUCGUACCCACUACCUUGGAGCAACUAAGGGUUGAUUGGAACCAGCAAAGUGAGUGGUGAGAUUUCUUUGGAUGGGAAUCCUUUAUAUGAACCUACAAUGGGAUGAUCUCGAAGUAUCAUUUUUUCAAAAGCAUUGGUCAGCAUCUGUUGGUUGAUACAUGAAAUGCCAUGGAAAAAGUUGGUCACAUCACCAAUCUGUAGCAAACAAGUAAUGGACACUCAUUGGUUAAUAAUGGAAACAUAUCUUCCAUAUUGUCCUGACUAGUGGGUGCAUCAUACUUGGAAAAUCAUCCAUGAUUUAUGUGCAGCACUAAUGGAGAUUGGUUGGCUUUUCUUGUGACUGGUCUGUCCUGACCAUCCCGGUCCCCCACUGGUUUAUAUUGAGAGGGUAAUAAAGGGUACUGGGGAACAAUUGAAAUGACGAGGAUUUCCAGAGAUUGGACUAGCCGCUGAUCAGUUGUGCCAAAAGAACCACUUGAAGGUGAAUGGGUUGUAUUAGGAGUGGUCUUGGGGGGGUUCAGAAUUGAUUUAGAGAAUCAAAUGGAGUUAUAUACUUUUUGGAAACCUAGGGGUAUUGAAUCUUGUCUAUUCCUGCCCUCUGCUUACAGUACAUGCUGGCCAGAUUUUGGAUAAAAGGACCGUUGGUAUAGGCCAAGGGAAUUGGGGGGUUAAUUCUGGGAAGGGGGCAAAUAUAUGCAUGAGCUUGCCUUCCAUCAGGGGGUGGGUGGGGUGGGAAUUAGACUUGAUAACCACCCAAGCCCUUCCAGCAUUGAUUUCUAUAGAGAAUAUUUAUUAGGCUUCAAACAGCAUAUUGCUGGUUUGUGUUGAACUUACAAUAGUGGCAGCUAGGUCUAAUUAUGAGUCUUGAGCCCCUGGAAUAAAUGAGUGAUCUAGAGUGCUCCACUUUCCUUUCUUCACCCAAGAAAAGAAUAUCUGUACCUAGGUAAGAUAAUAAAAAGACAGGUAUUUCAUCUGGCAGCUUCUACUUGCAGCGAGUGUGUGCAUGCAUGCAUGCAUGCAUUUGGUCCAGAUGAUUUGGUUUUCAUCUCCCAGAAGUUCCAGCCAGCACAGCCAAUAGUGAAGGAUUGUGAGAGUUGUAGCCCAGUACAUCUGGAGAGUCAGUUUCUCACCCCUUGUUUAAGGCAUAGUUUAUGGAAGGGAGAGACUUUUUUUUUUGAGUUGGUGGUACCUUGUUGACUUUUAGAACUGGCAACCACAGAUAGGCCCAUCCUCAGUGUCUUCACUUCUGGGGAGUGUCUGGAGAAGGUGAAAACACAGCAAACAGAUAUAUUUGACAGGACAGUGACAAACUGACAGGUGAAUGAGUCUUCUUGUGGGCAGGAGCUGAGAGGCAGAGGUAUUGAUAGCCACAAUCUGGUGAGAAUUUGGUUAAAGGGCCAACUGGAAUUCCACUGACUUGUGUCACCUAACCUGUGGUGAACCUGGUCUUGCGGUAUGUGCCUGUAUCUAGCCGUAAUAGCUAAGGGGACCCAAGAGUAGGCUAGCAGCUGCUGCUUCCGGCAAACAUGGCAGAGAGAAUAAAACCCUUUAGUCUGGCCCCUGGAGCCCUCAGCUCAAGACUCCUGGUUAUCUUACACCAGCUGAUAUUUUCCCAAAGCCAGCAAGGCUUAGCUGCCUUCCCAGUAUCCUACCACAUUGGCAUGUUCUCUUAAGAAAUAUCAUGACUGACCUACUGGAAAGAACUGCCUGGGGGAAGAAACAGCUGACAGUAUCCAUCCCUUGAACCUGCAAAGGUUGCGUCAGUGACUCUAGCACUAGCACAAAGUUGGCAAAACACAUGGCUUUUGACACUGAAAUAACGGGCAAGGCUGUAAUGGCCCUCUGUCUUUAGUUGUCACGCCUCAUGUGGCAUCUGUCUGUGCCUCCACCAGGAGAUCUGCUAUCCACUGUGAGAAUCUUCAGCUUAAGGGAAGAAGCCCCCCAUCUGAGGCAUUCUUUCUUCCCUCAAAUGGCCUUAGUGAUGGCAUCAUUUUCACAGCUUUCAAUGGCUUUCAGAUUUCCCUGAUAGAUAGAGCCCUACACAGUCAUCCAAGGAAUGUGUGUGGGCAUCAAAAAUGGAAGAGCAGUGGAAUUCCACACCACACACCAGAGGGAUCCAUGCCAGCUCUUGAACAAGAAGGUCUGAAGAAGAAUUAUUGGCUGCAUGAACAUUAAGUGUCCACACUCCCAGGUGACUGGAUUCUUUGUGCCUUCAGCAGAAUGCACUUGGAAUACCUUUGAACAUUAGGAAGAACAUCUUUACUGUAAGAGCUCUUCAGCAGUGGAAUAGACUGUCUCAAAUAUCUUUUGAGAUAUUUCAACAGAUAUUGGAUGGCCAUCUCUCAGGAAUAUGUUAGGUAUUUAUUCCUGCAUGGUGGAAUAGAUGGUCUUUGUGGUCCCUUCCAGCUCUAUGAUUUUGUGAUUUAGACAUCCCCAUCCAGUGUGUGAAAAUCAGAGCUGGGCCUUCAGCAACAGUCUGGAUGGUGCUGGAUUACAUGUCCCAAUGCCUCUUCCACACGUUAUACUCCAGGGCCAGGUAGAACUAAAUAGGCAACAAAGGUUGAGGGAUAGCACUGCAAUCUGCCUGCCAUUCCUCUUGAGUUCUGUGGGCAUUUCCCCCUCUCGCAGGACAAAGUACACAGCCAGUUCUGCAUCCCUGAACUAGCCUUCAGGUGUGAUGAAAGAAGCCAAAACAUUGCCAGAGUUUAAGUAAGAUUCAUCUGUCAACUCACUUCGUUUUCAUAUAUGAAAUGGAAGCGGGGGACAUCUUAUCCUUUUGUUUAGGUUCUGUUAUGCCCACAUAUAUUCUUUGAAGGCCUGAAUAUUUCUUUAAAAAAUGUUCCCCUGAUUAACUAAAAUGGCUGUCUUGGCUUCUUUAUUACCUCAUAUUGGUUGGAAAUCACAUUGUAAAUUUUGAGAUAAGAGUUAACAGUUACUUCCAGGUUUAGGGCAGCUGAUACAACAGUUUAAACACACUGGGCAGCUAUGCUGGCUUUUCCUCUUAUUGGGUUCUCUGCCUUUGGAAAAGAGGUGGGAAAAAUUACAAAAAGAAGAAAGGUUACAAAAAGAAGAUGUAAGUCAAGAUCACAGUGGUUCCAACAAGUGUAGAUCCACUGAAUUAUUAUUUUUUGAAUGGUGAGUCAACAUGUAUAAAUCCUAUGGAUUCAGUGGGUCUACUCUAGUAAGGGCUAACUAGUAACACAUCCCCUCCAACGUUUCACAGAUGAAAACCAGGACACAUGUGGUCAAGUAACAUCAGAUUAUGGCCAAGUUGGCAAAAUGUCUUAAUGAGAAAGAAUAUACAUGCUAGGAGAGGCUGUGGCAGUUUUCUUUUACCUGAACUAUUGGGAAGAACAAGAUUCUGGUCCCUGCUCUUCCCUCUCCUGUUGAGUUCAUUGUGUGCAAGCUACUUUUGCACUUUGCACUUAGUUUAGAGAGGUGGUUCCCAACCUUUACUACAUCUCAUAUCCCUAGGAAAUGUUUGAUUAGUGUUUGCUCCCCUUAUGAAAGAAUAUCAUAUUUGUAGAUGACAAAGUCUAAUUUCUAAUUUUUGAACCACAAAUAGAACCACAUACAAUACUGUGGGUGAACAAAAGAACUUUAAAAGCCACUCUUGGUUGCACCCCCUGGGGAUGUGGGCACCCCUGGUUGAAAACCCUUAGUUCAGAGCUACUGAAGUCGAGGACAAAGGGCAAAGGAGACAAGGAGGAGACAAAAAACUGGGACAUUUUAAAAGCAGCUGAAAAAGUGGAAUGACAGAAAAGUAGUAGGGACUGUCAGUACCAAAUCGGAACAGUUGGAAUGUAUGGUAACAGGAAUCAGAUCAUUAUCAUCCAGAUUUUUCAUUAAAAUGCAUGUUUGAAGCAAGGCAGUUGUGGGAUAAAUGCAAAUAUAAACGUUGUGGGGAUCUCUAAAAGACUGACCUGCCCAUAUGAAAAAAUGUAAAGAGAGAAAGAAUAAGAGAGGGGGGAGAGGGUAAAUUAAAAAGAAACGCACAUUAAACUUUUCUUUUAUAUGGACAGAAGGGAUUGAAAGUAAGCAGAUGUGAGCAGCUAGCUAUAAAAGGAUAGGGACUGUGAAUAUUCCAGGAAUUAGGAGAGGAUGGAUGGCUUAACAGGCUGGAAAGGAUGCUUGGGGUGGGUGGGGGAAGAAUGGAUGUGGGGUGAGAGAUGUUACUGCGGGAUGGUUGUAGGGGUGGUGAUACUUUAAUGGGAAGGUUGUGGGAAGAAGUAUGUGGGGAUGGGGAGAGUAUUUAAAUUAUCAAAACUUUAAAAUCUCCAAAUUCUGCAAUGAUAAUAAAU